GCAGUUUUCAGUGAGGACCUACAUUCCAGCUUAUAUUUUGUCAAUGCAUCUCUGCAAGAGGUAGUAUUUGCCAGCACCACAGGGACCUCGGUGCCCUGUCCUGCUGGGGGUGCACCGCCUGCCUCGCUGCGCUGGUAUCUGGCUACCGGCGAGGAGAUCUACGAUGUCCCCGGUAUCCGCCACGUCCACCCCAAUGGAACCCUCCAGAUCUUCAACUUCCUGCCAUCCAGCUUCAGCAAGCUGAUUCACGACAACACGUACUACUGCACGGCAGAGAACCCUUCUGGCAAGAUCAGGAGUCAGGAUGUCCACAUCAAAGCCGUUUCACGGGAACCCUACACGGUCAGAGUGGCUGACCAGAAGGCUAUGAGAGGCAGCGUAGCCGUCUUCAAGUGCAUUAUCCCUGCUUCUGUUGAGGCCUACGUCACUGUUGUAUCCUGGGAGAAAGACACGGUUUCACUCAACUCAGGACAAAGAUAUCUCAUCACAUCCACGGGAGCCUUGUAUAUUCUGGACGUCCUGCCUGAGGAUGGGCUGAAUAACUAUCGCUGCACCACACGCCACCGCUACACCGGUGAGACUCGUCAGAGCAACAGCGCACGUCUCAUCGUGUCAGACCCCACCAAUGCUGAGCCAAGCAUCUUGGAUGGCUUUGACCACCGAGAGGUGAUGAUUAAUCAUCGGGUGGAGCUGCCCUGUAAGGCCUCAGGCUACCCGAUGCCCAAAUACCGCUGGCUCAAGGACAACAGCCCUUUGGAGCCUGACAGUCGCUUCCGCCAGACCAUCACAGGGUUGCUGAUAGAGAGCUUGCAGCCCAGCGACUCUGGGACGUACGUUUGCGAAGUGUGGAACAGUUAUGGCAAUGCUGAGGUCAUGGGGCGCGUGUACGUCAAACAGCCUUUGAAGGUGGUGGUCAGCCCUCGGAAGGUGAAAGGCAGUGUGGGUAGCAAGGUGUCUCUGUCCUGUAGCGUGAGCGGCUCAGACGAGUAUGAACUGUCAUGGUACCGCAACGGAGAGAUCAUCUACCCUGGCAACAAUGUCCGUUUCACUGGGCUCAACCGGGAGAACCUCAUCAUGGAGGGAAUGUCGAAGAGUGACGGUGGGGCCUACCAGUGCUUCGCCAGGAAGGGAAAGAUGUCUGCACAGGACUUUGUGCAAGUCAUCCUUGAAGACGGUACUCCAAAGAUCCUGUCCUCCUUCAGCGAGAAAGUCGUGAACCCCAACGAGCCUGUCUUCCUGGUCUGCAACGUCAAGGGCACACCGCCUCCCAGAUGCACCUGGUCGCUGGACGACGACCCCGUCAUCAAAGACAGUCACCACCACCUGGGCCACUACGAGACGCACGAGGGCCAUGUGGUCAGCCAGCUCAAUGUGACCCACACGCAGGUGCAGGACGGCGGGGUGUACCGGUGCACAUGCAGCAACUCAGCGGGGGUCGUGUACCACCAGGCUCGAAUAAACGUAAGAGGCCGUGCCAACAUCCGUCCAAUGAAAAACAUCACAGCGAUUGCCGGACGGGAUGCCUUUGUUCACUGCCGUGUGAUUGGCUACCCUUACUACUCCAUAAAGUGGUACAAGAACUCUGCGCUGCUACCGUUCAACCAUCGACAGCGAGCCUUUGAGAACAACGGCACACUGAAGCUCAGCAACGUACAGCAGGUGGAUGCUGGCGAGUACAACUGCAAGGUGAUGGUCCAGCCCAACAAGAUGGACUCCCAGAGUGUACAUGUUCGUGUGAGAGUCCCUCCUUACAUUCAGCCCUUUGAGUUCCAGCGUUUCACCAUUGGUCAGCGUGUCUUCAUCCCCUGCGUGGUCAUGUCAGGAGACCGGCCACUGGAUAUCACCUGGCAGAAGGACGGACGGCCAAUCCCUGUCAGCCUGGGGGUGACUGUGGACAACAUUGACUUCACCAGCUCACUGCGAAUCUCCAACCUGACGCCCGACCACAAUGGCAACUACACCUGCAUCGCCCGCAAUGAAGCUGCCGCUGUGGAGCACCAGAGUCAGCUCAUAGUUCGAGUUCCUCCUCAGUUUGUGGUUCAGCCUGAGGACCAAGAUGGGAUCUACGGGAAAACAGUGACUCUCAACUGCUCCGCUGAAGGCUACCCACCACCCACCAUUGUGUGGGAACAUUCCAAAGGUGCGGGCGUUCCCCAGUUUCAGCCCAUCCUUCUAAACAGCGGCUCUCGCAUCCAGCUGCUGAGCAACGGCUCUCUGCUGAUCAAACACGUGCUGGAGGAUGACAACGGCUUUUACCUGUGUAAGGUCAGCAACGACGUGGGAGCUGAUGUCAGCAAGUCCAUGUACCUCACCGUCAAAAUCCCAGCCAUGAUCACCUCCUACCCAAACACCACACUGGCCACACAGGGUGAGGAGAAGAGGAUGAGCUGCAUAGCCCACGGUGAGAAGCCCAUAAUGGUGCGUUGGGAGAAAGAAGAACGCAUCAUCAACCCGGAGACCAGCCGAUAUGUGGUCACCAGCAAAGAAGUGGCCGACGAAGUCAUUUCUACACUGGUGAUUAUGCCUACUGUUCGUGAGGACUCUGGGUUCUUCUCCUGUCAUGCCAUCAACUCCUUCGGUGAGGACCGAGGCAUCAUUCAGCUGACAGUGCAAGAACCUCCCGACCCUCCAGAAGUGGAGAUCCGGGAGGUCAAAGAUCGGACUAUUGCUCUCCGCUGGACCAUGGGUUUCGAUGGCAACAGCCCCAUCACAGGCUAUGACAUUGAGUGCAAGAACAAAUCAGCUUCAUGGCUAUCAGCCCAGGUAACCAAAGAUGUGUCACCCCAGCUCAACCAGGCCACUAUCAUUGACCUCCACCCUUCUUCCACUUACAACAUCCGCAUGGUUGCCAAGAACAUCAUCGGCAACAGCAACCCUAGCAAUGAGCUCACCAUCACUACGGAUGAAGCAGCUCCUGACGGCCCUCCACAAGAUGUCACUCUGGAGUCCAACUCCCCUCAGAGCAUCAGAGUUUCCUGGAAGCCUCCUCAGAAGCACCUGCAGAACGGUGUGAUCCGUGGUUACCAGGUGGGCUACAGGGAGUACAGUCCUGGCGGGAGCCACCAGUUCACUAUCAUUAGUGUGGACACCACAGGAGACACCACAGAGAGCAUCUUGCUGGACAACCUGAAGAAGUUCACUCAGUACAGCGUGGUGGUGCAGGCUGCUAACAGGGCAGGGACUGGACCAUCUUCACAGCAGGUGGUCACCAAAACCCUGGAGGAUGUGCCGUCUCGGUCCCCUGAAAAUGUCCUGGCUGUUGCCAAGUCUCCAGAGGUCAUCUCUCUCUCCUGGAUGCCGCUGCCCAGAGAGUCCCUCAAUGGAAACCUGCAGGGCUACAGAGUCAUCUACUGGGCCAACCUGCCUGACGGAGAACUGGGAGAAAUCAGGAACGUGACCACCAGUCAGCCAUCUCUGGAGCUGGACGGUUUGGAGAAGUACACCAACUACAGCAUCCAGGUCUUAGCCUUCACCAACGCUGGAGAUGGUGUCCGCAGUGAACAGAUCUACGUGCGCACUAAAGAGGAUGUUCCUGGUCCUCCAGCGGGGGUGAAGGCUGCAGCUUCCAGCAGCUCUGUGGUGUUUGUCUCCUGGCUGCCUCCACUCAAACUCAACGGCAUCAUCAGGAAAUACAUCGUCUUCUGCUCUAACCUGCAUCCGAUGGUGAUGAGCGAGUUUGAGGCGUCUCCAGAUAAAUAUUUCUACAGGAUCCCAAAUUUGGCUCGGAACAGACAGUACAGUAUCUGGGUGGUGGCGGUGACUGCUGCUGGUCAUGGCAAUAACAGCGAAAAGAUCACAGUGGAGCCUCUGGCCAAAGCUCCAGCCAGAAUUUUGACCUUUAAUGGGACAGUGACCACCCCCUGGAUGAAAGACAUAGUUUUACCAUGCAAGGCUGUUGGAGACCCUCCUCCCACCAUCAAGUGGCUCAAGGGAAACACCAAUGGGACUCCUACCCCUGUCUUGGUGGAUGGGCGUCGUAGUGUCCAUGGCAACGGCAGCUUCAUCAUCCGCACAGUAAAAGCAGAGGAUUCUGGGAACUACAGCUGUGUGGCCAGCAACAACUGGGGGUCAGAUGAGAUCACACUCAAUCUGCAAGUCCAAGUCCCUCCUGACCAGCCACGCCUCACAGUCACCAAGACUACCACCACAUCAAUCACGUUGUCAUGGAUACCUGGAGACAACGGAGGGAGCUCCAUCAGAGGUUACAUCCUGCAGUACUCAGAGGACAACAGUGAGCAGUGGGGUAGUUUUCCCAUCAGCCCCAGUGAGCGUUCCUACCGUCUGGAAAACCUUAAGUGUGGCACCUGGUACAAAUUCACCCUGACGGCCCAGAAUGCAGUUGGGCCAGGGCGCAUCAGUGAGAUAAUUGAAGCAAAGACCCACGGAAAAGAACCUCAAUUUGCCAAAGAACACGAACUCUUCACCAGCAUCAACUCCACCAGGGCAAGACUCAACCUGGUCGGCUGGAACAAUGGCGGCUGUCCAAUCACCUCUUUCAUACUUGAGUACCGAGCCGUGGAGUCGGCCACAUGGACCACGGCCCAGCGCACAUCGCUGACCAAGAGCUACAUGCUGUACGAUUUGCAGGAGGCAACCUGGUACGAACUGCAGAUGAAGGUCACCAACAGCGCUGGCUCAGCAGAAAAGAGGAUCACCUUUGCUACUCUCAGUGCUGACGGAAGUACCAUCCCUCCCCUGCUGAAAAUAGGAGAUCCCAUCUCAGACAACAUGUCGGGCAGCGGAGGUCUGAAGAUGGUGGUGACCAUCACGUCUAUUCUUGUUGUAGCUGUGCUGGUAUUUAUCAUGCUUAUGGUGCUAAAGAGGAGAAGAAGGGAGCAGAGGCUGAAGAGACUCAGAGAUGCCAAAAGCCUGGCAGAAAUGCUGAUGAGUAAGAACACACGGACACCAGACACGGUGAACAAGCAGCAGCAGACGCUAAGGAUGCACAUCGACAUCCCCAGAGCCCAGCUUCUCAUCGAGGAGAGGGACACCAUGGAGACAAUCGAUGACAGGUCCACCGUGCUGUUGACAGACAAUGACUUUGGGGAGACGAAUAAGCAAAAGUCCUCUACAGUGACCCAUACAGUCCACUACCAGUCUCUGUCCCAGGCCACUGGACCACUGGUGGACGUGUCCGAUGCCAGGCCUGGAACCAGUGAGUCCCAUCACCAUCCCACUGCCAGACGCACUGCCAAAGCUGGUCCUGCUGCAGCACGGAGCCGCUAUGCCAGCCAGUGGACUCUGAACCGGCCGCACCCCACCAGCUCCUCACACACCUUGACCACUGACUGGAGACUCCCCACGCCACGUGCCACUGGAUCUGUCGACAAGGAGAGCGACAGCUACAGCGUCAGCCCCUCGCAGGAUACAGAUCGUGCACGGAGCAGCAUGGUAUCAACAGAGAGCGCAUCCUCCACCUACGAAGAGCUGGCCAGAGCCUACGAGCAUGCUAAGAUGGAAGAGCAGCUCCGCCACGCCAAGUUCACCAUCACAGAGUGCUUCAUCUCUGACACCUCAUCUGAGCAGAUGACAGCAGGGACCAAUGACUACACUGACAGCCUGACCUCCAGUACGCCAUCCGAGUCAGGCAUCUGCCGCUUUACUGCUUCGCCGCCCAAACCUCAGGAUGUCAGCCGGGUCAUGAACAUGGCCGCACCCAAGGCACACAGACCUGGAGGAGAGCUGGUCCAUUUGCCACCUUACCUCCGUAUGGACUUCCUGUUGAACCGUGGCGUGCCACUGGCAGCCCGAGGUGGAGGUGUCAGCAGCAGCAGUGGCAGCAGCAGCAGUGGAGGAGGAGGAGGAGGAGGUGGUGGUGGAGGUGCAGGAGUAAGCGGAGGUGGUGCUGGUGCUACAGGAGAAACAAGAGGAGGAGGAGGAGGAGGUGCAGGAGGAGGAGGAGGAGCCAUGGGUCAGACCUGCCUGGAGCCCCAGAGGAGCCGUACCCUGAAGAGGCCCCCUCCCAUGGAGCCCACCCCCAUGGAAGUGCCCUCACCCAGGGAGGUGCAGCAGUGGCAGCCAGGAACUGCCUCCACUCUUCCCCACAGGGAUGUCCGGGAGAGGGGAGAGGCUCGGGGUGAGGUCCGGGCAGAGGUCCCCUCCUCAGGAGACCUGGCCCAAGCACAGGCUGCCAAGCUCAGCACCUCCCAGGAGUCACUGCUGGACUCCAGAGGACACCUGAAACAAAGCAACAACCCCUAUGCCAAGUCUUACACUCUGGUAUAA